AUGCUUGGUCCUCUGCAGGGCAUCCAGUCCAACAACCAGCAGCAACAGCUACAACAGCAACAGCAAAACCAGCAGCAUCAACAAGGCCAGCAAGGCACAAUACCACCACCGCCACCUCAGAACGGCCAGGACUUCACCUUGUCAAGUGUCCUUCACUAUUUGCAGACUGAAUGGAGGCGCUAUGAACGUGAUAGAAAUGAAUGGGAAAUCGAACGCGCUGAGAUGCGGGCACGCAUCGCUCUUCUCGAGGGAGAGCGAAGGUCUUUUGAGAAUGUCAAGCUCGACCUUAUGAGGCGCAUAAAGAUGCUCGAAUAUGCCUUGCGUAUGGAAAGGUCGAAACAGCUUACUCAACCCGCAUCACAAUCCACGCCAGCGUCAAAACUCUCUAGUCUGCAGUCAAAUGCUGCAUCGUCUUCUCAGAAGGAUGAUUCACAUAGUCAAAAGGGAGAAAGUGGCGGCAGUUCCCCGAGGAGUGAAGAUUCUCCCCUACCCGACAGUCGACUUCCCAAUGGUUCAACCAACGGCCCUUCGGGUAAACAAAGUUCUUGGGGUGCUACUAAUAAUUGGAUGAAUGCAGCAGCUGGUGGGGCAGCCUCAGGUCUAGGUAAACCACCUCUUGGAAGAGAUCCAAAAAGCAGAGCCAGAAGUCGGGAUUACUUGAAACAGUGUUUACAAGAAAUAUCAUACCUCACUUCCCCGCAAGCUAUGAAUCCUUUACCGAACCGGCCAUUGCUCAAUACCCCCUCAGUACCCCUCUCUUUACCGAAUAUCCCAUCUUUUGACCAAAUGGCAUACAAUGGUCGACCUAGAAAGGUGUUACCCGAAGCUGGGAAAGAAUUCCCCCUCCUAAAUGGCAUGAGUACUAUUUCAGGUCCCCCUCCCCCUGCAGUACCCAAUGGAACUCCUCCAUUGUCAAUUCUUGAACGUGGUAAUCAUCUGAAUCAAGGAUUGCUUCCACAGCAGCAGCAGCAACAACAGCAACAACAACAACAGCAACAGCCUUCUCAAACCCAGCAACCUGCACAACCUUCCGGACAACCUCAAGAUUCUUCCAAUGCAUCAACUUCUCAAGCCGACAAGGACCGCGAAGGCGAAUCCGAAAAUCGUCAAUUUACUGCAAUAUUCAGACCGGAUGAUGCGGGCAAAUGGAAAGAGAAGCUUCGACGUGGAGACGAGCCUCGAACAACUGAAGAGCUACAGCAAUCACUAGAUGAAGGCUCUUGGGAGAGGCAGGAAGACGAUGAAGGUAAAGAAGAGGAAGCUGAUGUCGAGGACGAGGAAUCUUCCCUUGUUGGUGAUGGUGAAAGCACAAAAUUGUGGAGAGCCAAACGAACUCUAAGAAACCAUCUGGAUGCCGUCCGUGCCCUUGCUUUCCAUCCCACAGAACUUUGCCUUGCCACUGGUGGAGAUGACUGCACAGUAAAAAUAUGGCGCAUGGAUGUAGCCAGUCUAGCUUCAUCUGGCUCACGCGCUACAACUGAGGUUGAACCCCAACUUACGCUUCGUGGACACUCCGCAGCGAUUACACGGUUGAUUCAUUCUCCGUCCAAACAGCUUCUGUACUCUGCAUCUCUUGAUUCUUCCAUCCGCAUUUGGGCCCUUCCUUCUUCUACGCAUACAACUUACGCACCAUAUGAUGAAACUCGGUCACGCGGAGAGCUAGUUGGACAUACUGACGCAGUUUGGGAUCUGGCUUUAGUCAGGGAUGAAAGUACACUUAUUAGCUGUGGUGCUGAAGGUGUAGUUAAAGUCUGGGAUGUUAGUGGUCCUUCUGGAGGGGGUUCUCUCAAGUUGACUUGGGGAUGGCAUGGUGUCGUCGACAGUGCCGAUGAUCUGCACGAGAAUCCUGAUGCUCCUGGAGCAACUUCUGUAGAAGCCAUCAAAACGGACCUCAAGAAAGUUGCGGUCGCAUACCAGAAUGCCGUCGUCAAGAUUUUCGACAUUGAAAGUGGGAAAGAAUUAUCGAGACUAGAAAGUGACAUGAGCUACGAUGGUACCCCUGCAACGCAAAUCAAUCGAAUUGUGUCGCACCCAACGAUGUCGAUCCUCGUCACUGCCCACGAGGAUAAGUUCAUCAGAAUCUUUGACCUGACCACAGGAUUUUCCUUGGUGUCUGGGAGUCAUGACUGUUCUGUACGCUUCUGGGACUUGCUUGGCUCCCGUACAUGUAUACAAGAGCUUACCACGCAUCGCGAAAAGGCCCGGGAAGGUGUUUUGGACGUGGAGUUCCACCCAUCACUACCCUUCAUGGCCAGUGGGGGUGCUGACGGCGUUGUAAAACUGUAUGCUUCAUCAUAA